UUAUUUAUUUAUUUAUUUUUACAGAGGAGGAGCUGCCCAUCAAGCCACAGAAGGAGUGGCUUCACAUGGACAAGGUGGAGCCAGAAAAACUGGAAUGGACAAGAGACCUUCCUGCACCCAGGAUGCUCAGCACCAAAAAGGCUAUGCAAGCACGUUUUGAUUUUGCUGGCACUCUCAUCCCACCCAAUAAAGACUUGCCCACCCAUUUGGGCCUGCAUCACCAUGGAGAGGAGCCAGAGCUGGCUGGCUACUCGCUGCAAGAGCUUUUCCUCCUCUCACGCAGUCAGCUCAACCAACAGCGCAAUCUGGCCGUCAGCACUCUCGCUAAUGUCCUGACCAAAGCCCAUGCUGGUGAGUACACUUCCUCACUGAAGGGCAGCGUUUUGUCUUCUUUACUGGAUGCUGGACUCCUUUUCCUUCUACGUUUCUCCCUGGAUGACGGUGUGGAGGGUGUGAUGUCAGCAGCGGUGCAUGCCUUGCGAGCUCUGCUGGUUUCAUCUGAUGAUGAAGAGUGUUUGGAUAAUGCCUUCCCAUGGCUGCUUGGGAUGGCAACCUUUCCUUUGCUGCCAACUGCUCAGGAGGAUGAGGAUGUGGAAGAUGAAGGCUUGGAUGAGGCCUUAAAAGAAACGGCAAAGGAGAAAGAAGAAAAGAAAACAGAUCAUGAUGUUGCUAGGCAGGAUGUUGUCAAGGGCUUUCUGAAGAUGCAGGGUCUUCCUCGGCUGCGCUACAUCCUGGAGGUGGUGCGGCCCUCUCCCCGGGUUGUUCUUGAUAUUCUGGAGAUUCUGAUCCGAAUCGCUCGCCACUCGACUGCUGCAGCCAUACAGAUCUUGGACUGCCCGCGGCUGAUGGACACUGUGAUUUCUGAGUUUCUUCCCUGCUCCUGGACUCCUGCCACCUCCCAGGCUCCAUCUUCUUUGUAUGGGCUGCCUAUUGCCUUGGCGAUGAAGCUGCUUCGUGUUUUAGCAAGUGCAGGGAGGCAUGCUUGUGCUAGAAUACUAAACUCUCUAGGAGGGAAGGAGCUUUUGUCACGUUUUGUGGUUGUGGAGCCAUCAGAGAUGUUGCUGGAAGCAGGUGAAGCUCUUUGCUGCAGUACAGAGGUUUUGAGGUUGUUCGCAGUUGCUGCUGGCUACGGACAGGCUUGCAGUCUUUACAUGGACCUGUAUCCUGUGCUGGUGAAGAGGUUGCAGGCUGGGAACCGGCCAUGUGCUUCAUCUGAAGCUGUGCUGUUUCUGGAGCUGGACCGAAUCAGAGCUCUGCUAGUGCUGCUUACUCAGGUCACACAAACAGCAGGAUGCCAUGAAGAACUGCAGAGAGGCCUAGUCAAUGCUCAGGGUACAGAGUGUCCUCCACCUCCUCCUGUUCUGUGGAGUCAUGUGACUGGUCUCCAGCCCACUGUCAUUAGCUCUCUCAAGGGCUGUGUGAGAGCACUCGAUGGCUCGUCUCAAAUGUCAAGUGCUCUGAUUCUGCUUCCAUCCUACCUGCUCUACGUGGAGGCGUAUUAUUCACAGCUCUGUGUGCAAAGCUCUUUCCAGCCGGUACAGUGUCUACAAGAACUAGAGUCACUUACUUCAGAUGUGCUUCUGCCCCUGAUAUCCCACCAGGCCAUGCAAAAUAUGACCAGCAGCUUCAGGUCCAACUCUGUGAUCUGUAACCCCGGGCUGUCUGCCCCUGCUGGGGAGGUCGUCCCCAGUCUGCCAGGCCUGUCCUGCUCAAGACUGAUGAACUCCAGCAAAAUAGCUGGGCCCAACUCCCCUCUGCCCCUCCCUACUGCCCUCCUAUACCUGCUGAACACCAUCACCUCCAUCCACAAGGGCUUAAUUAAGAAGUUCAGUCGUCUCAUCCUCUCUGACUCUGUACUGAGCUAUCUGCAGUCUUGCAUCGGAGCCAUGCCCUCAGUUUCUCACAUGAGCUCCUGGAUUUUACGCCAUGAGCACCACCUGCUGUAUCUACUGCUCAGACUGGCUCACAAGCUGGUUCCAGUUGACCCAGAGGUGGCCAAACAUGCUUCCUUGUUCCACCAAGUAUCGUUGGCUUUAUUGUCCUGGCUUUUGCCUGGUGGUGAAUACUUGGCACAUGAACUCCUGUCUGUCAUGACUUUCAGCCACAGCCUCCUUCCGGAGGGUGGUUGUGGUGAACCAGAGGUGGCCGCGUUAGCCGAGCUGCAGCUCAAGGAAAGGACAUCGCCUGCCGUAGGUGCCCUGCUACGUGACGCUCUUAAUCAUUUGCCCUCCAUCCGUGGUUGCUACCUCACCCACCUUGCUCACAUGGAACCCUCUGUCCUUUCAUCCCGUGACCGGUACCUCGGCAGAACCCCUUUUAUCAGAUCUCACUUUCUACCUGAGCUUACUGGCCCCUCCCUGCCUUCCGAUUGGCCCUUCUUACCACUCAUCAGUCUCUAUGAGCGAACGGGAUGGUCAGCUGGCGGUGGGCAGCUGGUCGAGUCUCUUCCAGCAGGGUCAGUACAGUCAGCCACUCACUGCCUUCAAUGGCUGCUUGUUCUGGAGAGCUGGAGGGAGCAGGCGCUCACAGCAGUGCCACCAGUGGCUAAGUUAGCCCGGCUAGCCUGUGUCUUUCUGUGCUCCAGUGACCUCUUCCUGGAACGGCCUGUUCAAGAGCUUACUUGGGCGCUGUUUCGCAGGCUAACACAACCAGCCCAGCUUGAUGCGCUGGAUCUGGGCUCAGCUCCACCAGGCCUGGCUUCCUUUCAUGACUUAUACUCUGCUCUACUGGUGCAAUAUGAGGCUGUGUCAUUCGGUGACCCACUCUUUGGCUGCUUCAUGCUUUUGCCUCUACAGCGGCGCUACAAUGUCACCAUGAGGCUGGCUGUGUUUGGGGAACAUGUGGGAAUGCUGCGAUCGCUGGGGGUCUCGCUACAGCAGCUGCCUGUUCCACUGGAGAAGUUCACGUCCCCCAUGGAGGACUCCCUGCCUCUGUUGCGGCUGUACUUUCGAGCACUAGUAACAGGAGCUCUGAAGAGGAACUGGUGUCCUGUACUUUAUGUCGUCGCUAUUGCCCAUCUCAAUGCUUUUAUCUUCUCCCAGGAUGCAGUGACAGAGGAGGUAGAGGCAGCACGUCGGAGCCUGCUAAGAACGACCUACUAUCUGACAGAUGAGGUGUUGAAGAAUCACAUUCUUCUUUUUCGGCUGCCCCAGCAGAAUUCAGAGCUGGGCUUCAGCACUUAUGAACAGCUGCCCCCCAUUCGUGCCCGCUGGUUGGAAAGCAUAGUAGGAACUGAAGAGAAAGGUGGAGAAAGGUGAAAAAAGGAAAAAUACUGGUUCCAUAGUUUCCUAGGUGAUUUGUGAGCUUACUGUCCCAAUAUAUCUGUGAUUUUUGACCUGUUAGGGACAAAUGGCAACCAUAGACUUUAAAAUAAAUAUUUGUUUCUCAUGAA